ACAUGCGCCAACGUCAGUGCGUUCCAAGCCUCGCUUAGCAGUUAAAGUUGGAACGCAAAUAAUUAUGUUGAACUCCAGUGCCGGGACGUCAUAGGUUUGCGCCAAUCGUGGAUGUCGUAAUGGGGGUAACUUGUGUGUGUCAGGUUCCUCUAGCAGAAGGAAAAAGUGUACAACAAACAGUGGAGAUUAUGACCCGAAAGCUGGAACAACUUGGAGCAGAGAAGCAAGGGACAUUUUAUGUGGACUGUGAAACGUAUCACACAGCUGGAUCCAGUGUGGGAACUCCAGGUCAAACUGGGAAACUUCUUUAUGUCAUGCACAAUUCAGAGUACCCUCUCAGCACCUUUGCAUUGUUUGAAAAUGGUCCUUGCUUGGUCGCUGACCUAAACCUUGAUGUCCUUAUGGUGAAGCUUAAGGGGUUCUUCCAGAACUCCAAGGCCAACAAGAUGGAGACGCGAGGCACACGCUACCAGUAUUGUGACUUCCUUGUGAAGAUUGGAACAGUCACUAUGGGGCAGAGUGGUCGAGGCAUCUCUGUAGAGGUGGAUUAUUGUCCGUGUGCUGUGCCUGGUGACUGCUGGAAUCUGAUGGUGGAGUUCAUGCAGAGCUUCAUGGGAAACCACGCACCUUCUGUCCCACCGGUCUUUACUGCCAAGCAUGAUGCCUUAUACGCACCUGCAGAUACUAUGCUGCAAUACAUGGAGCUCUUGAACAAAAUCCGUAAGCAGCAGCAAGUAACAGUGGCUGGAAUGCGAUGACCUCCAUUUGCUGUGGAGCUACCUGAGACAAAAAACAACCAAUUUCUUGCUGAAGUUUACAAAUAACGUUAAGGACUCCAAAUUCCAGACGUCAUGGGAGUAUAUUGAACACUGUGGGUUGGCAUGCGGAAUGAGUGAUGAAGCUUGAAAAGAACUUUAUCGAUUUUUAGUUUCAUUCUGUAUCACUUCAAUAUGGGUUUGCUAUUCUGAUGGAAGAUAAAUGCUCUUUAUCAACCAAUUGGUCUGAAUCUCCAGUCUCACAAUGACACUUGGUACAAUUUGUUUUACUGUAAUCAGUGACUCUUUAGGAUGGUAACUGACCAGCCCUGUUCUAUCAUAUUCGAUAAUUCUCUUGACAGUCCACUCUUUGGAUCUAUUUUUGUAUCUCCACGCAAUGUACACUGUUUUUACAAGAUUCUGAACAAAAAAAGAUACAUUCUUGAUGUGGCCUGGUUGUUAAUGGCUCCUAUACUAUUUCAUUCUUGUACCAAUGAUUGGUUUCUUUAAAGGGAUAUGAAGCUCACAAUUAAACUUUCAUGAUUCAGAUUGUGCAA